AUGUCUACUGCACAGUCUGACCUCGACCCGAUCGUCGAGGCAUUAAAGGAGUUCACAACGUGCGAUAUUUCCGAUGCGCUGAUCAAGCUCAAAUACCGCAACGGCGGCUUCCUGUCGGGUCUGACCAUGUGGUCGCCGCAGCGGCAGGACGGCGACACCAAGAUCGUCGGUCCUGCCUACACGGUCAAGUACGCUCUGCUGAGCGAUCCGGCACCCAAAGCCUCUGGCCAUUAUAUUGAUGCCGUACCUCGAAACUCGGUCAUUUUUGUCUCCACCCCUCCCAUCCCCAACGCCGUGUACGGCGGCCUCAUGUCGACGCGGGCCGCGCACCUCGGGGCUGCGGGCACCGUUGUCGACGGGCGCUUCCGCGACGUGGCCGAGCACCGGGCCCUCGACUAUCCCGUCUUUGCGCGGGAGACGGGCACGGCGCCGCCCGCCGAGCUGGUCAAGGUGGUCGGCGUCGACGUGCCCGUCGAGCUGCAGGCGCCCGGGAAUGCGCAGCCGGGCAUGCUGAUUCGGCCUGGUGAUUAUCUCAUGGGUGAUUUGAAUGGCGUCGUGGUGCUCCCGCGCGAGUUGGCGACCGAGGCCCUCGAGUUGAUGCGCAAGGGUGUCGCGGCGGAUGAGAAGAUGGCCGAGGCAAUCAAGAAUGGUAUGAGCUUUGUCGAGGCCAGCAAGAAGUUCAGGGGAUAG